CAUGGCGGCCGUGUAUGGAUGUGUAGAUGUAACGGAGCUGUGUUAGCGGUUAAUGCUAUUUCUGCUUAAAUAUCGGUGUGUACCGGAGCGUUAAACACCGUGGAGAUGAAGAGGACCGUUUCAUGAUGAAGAGGAGGAGACACGAUGCUGUUUGUCUCUACAGCAUGAUCUGAGUCUGCGCAGAAUGAUCGCUGUGUUAACACAAACACCGAUUUGUGUUUCUGUCGGAGGAGCUGCUCGUCUUUUUUUCUCACUUUAACAAACUGAUGCUCGGUCAGGUCUCUCUUGCACAAGCACUGAGACUCCUAGACUGCUUUUAAAAUGAUUUUAAAUCCAAUUUAAAUGAUAUGAAGGGUUUUAAUGGAUCCUGUCACAUCUGUUUGACCUCACUAACAGACACAGCAGCAUGAUGGCCAGUGUGACUCAUUGAAUCAUGUUUGAUCUUUUCAUGGAUCCUCAGUGUGUCUGCUCUUUAACCUCUCUGAGCAGGCGGAUGAUCGGUCUGAAUGAAGCUGCUGAACGCUCACAGCUACAUCAGCACUAACUGAGCUGCACUGUGUGUGGGUUGGUGAAGUGUAGUAUAGUAAUGUGUUGCUCAGUGACUGGCUCAUUAAGAGCUCAGUGACUGGCUCCCCUGACCUGGUGGCAAUCACUAAAGACAAUGUAUUGUUGUGUUCUGUAGUUGUGUAGUUGUGCUCAUGCCUGGCUCACUAUGAUUGGCUCUCCUGACUUGGUAGCGUUCACUAAAGACGAUGAGUAUGGACACACUAACCCUGACCCCUGGGCGGUCCCGGAGGAGUUCUCAGUCCCUCUCCAUCCUCCGGCCGAUGUUAACCCAUGGGCUAAAACAUCAUAUGCUAAAUUCACCAAAGACUUCAUCCUGAUCUCUGAGUUCUCUGAGCAGGUGGGCCCGCAGCCACUCCUCACCAUCCCCGAUGACCCUAAAGUCUGCGGCUCCUUUGACCUGAACUACUUCUCCCUAAGGAUCAUGUCUGUGGACUAUCAGGCGUCCUUCGUGGGGCAUCCACCCGGCAGCGGUUACCCGAGGCUCAGCUUCGUGGAGGACUCACGGGUGGUGCUGGGUGACUCGAAGGAAGGGGCGUUUGCAUAUGUGCACCACCUCACUCUUUACGACCUGGAGGCGAGGGGCUUCGUGCGGCCGUUCUGUAUGGCGUAUGUGUCAGCUGAUGAGAGGAAGAUCAUGCUGCAGUUUCAGGAGCUAUCGCUUCGAUUCUCGCAGGCGUCUGAGUGUCUAAAGGCUGGGAACCGGAGAGCCUUCGCCAAAGAGCUGCAGAGGAAGCUGAGGGACCUGGAGUACACUCAUUCAGUGCUGCAGAAGGAGGAAGGUCAGCAGAGGGAGGCUGGCCCUCAGACCAUGUACUCGGCUCAUGCUGUAGAGAAAGCCAAUGAGCUGGCAAACGUGGAAAAGAGCAUCUAUGAACAUCGAGACCUGCUGAGACAGAUUAGCUCGUACCAUAUGCGUCCUCGCAGAGAUCCCCACGCCGUCACCUGUCAAAUGUGUCUAAAUGAAUGUCUGAGUGAGUGUGAACAGCUCUUAGAGAAAUACGCCAAACUCGCCUCCCCCUUCACUCAUGCAGACAUGGGGGAGAGAGGGGGAAUGGGGGAGGAGGAGCGAGGUCAGGGUAAUGAUGUCAGAGGUGAAAAAGAGGAUGAUGACGCAGUGAGACGACGGCCGUCCUACACACCACAGCUGAUUAAAGCCAAGUCUGCAAAGUGUUUUGACAAACGCCUGAAGACCCUGCAGGAGCUGUGUGAUGAUGUUUUCUACGAGGCCACGGUGGGACUCCUGAAGGACACCGAGAGGAGUUUCAGGGGUGAUCUAUGUUACCUGCACACACGCCACCUAGACAGGGUACUACGCAGGAAACAGCAAGUUACCAACUUCCUGUUUGAAGAGGACCUGGGAGUGGAUGAUGAGAAUGAGUAUGGAGCCCUUAGACCGGUCUGUGCUGUGAACCAUCAUGUAGAAAACUGUAUAAAGCUUAAUCAGCUUCCUGUUAUUCUUAGACCAGAUCCUUCAGAUACUGCAGACCCUUCAGACCUGGCCUCUGAGAUGGUCCAGACUAAACAGAGCGAGCUCAGAGCUGCUGAUUCGUCCCCCUCAGACCAGACUGCAGAGACUCAGGAGAGCUCAGAGGAGACCAAGGAAAGCUUUAGCAGCAGGACAGCAGAGACAAGUCAGGCAGACAGGAAACAGGAUCUGGAUUGUAUGACUUCAGGCACUCCUGAUUCUGACCCUGACCCUGAACAUAACCUCGAUCCUGAUCCUGAUCAGGAGAGAGAGAGCAGCAGUGAGGACAUGGAGACAACUGCAGGGGAGGACGAGGGAGACAGUGGAGGAGACCAGACCCCAGAGUCUCUGCUGGAGGUUGAGUCUGAGUUAAUGGUUGGCAGAGAGAAUGAGUCUGAGGUUGGACCUGAUGGGACGUGUGACAUGGACUCAGACUUGUUGGUUCCUAUAGAAACAGCAUGCUGUUUGUCCCAGGAUGGCUUCCUUUAUGAGAAUUCCACCCUUGAGGCGAUGCCUCAUCUUCACCAAAGCUCAUCCCCUGAGUCUUGCGAAACCCUAGUGGUCAAACAGGAACCUCAGGCCCUCCUUCCACUCCAGGACCAGUAUUCAGUUGGAUCCCCAGGCUCAGGAAGUCCUGCAGCUGGACUAGAGCUUCCUGUCGGGGCUUAUGGCGAUUCAGUUUCCCGAACCUCAGUGGAGGAGGGGUCGGACUGUACUAUGAGUGCUUCCACGGGGUCUGAGCGUGCUCCCUCCCCACUUGGGUACGGGGGUGUAGUGACCCUGCGUCAAAGGAAGAAGGCGGGUCAGGGGGCCUUGAGGUUUGUGCGACAGUACCCGUUUGCUAUGCAGGCUUUGUGGUGUCUGCUGAGCGGCAGGACUCUGGUUGUGCUCGGGACAGAUGAAGGAAGAGUCCGUAGACUGGUCUCAGCUCUGGCCCUGUUUGUCCCCGGUCCUGGAAAAUGUGGAGAGAGGGUUCAGUCAUGGCUGUCCGUACCCUUCACCCUGACAGACCUGCAGAGGUGGAAACUCAUCGGACUGCAAAGAGUGGUAUCUCCGUUGGGUUCCAGCAUGCUGAAUUCACUAUCUCGCUACAGCCGCUACAUCUCCAUCCUCGACGCUGACCAGAAGACUUUACGCUGCCCGCCAUACAGUGGCCAACUCCUUGCCAACAUAGCCACCCAUCGCACCUACAUCCGCCGGGGCUCCACCUACUUCCUUCACUUACAGAGCACGCUCUGUCGCCUCGCAGCCAAGGCCUUCCUGUUUACCUUCACCCACCACCUCCACCUUCCCGUCAGCUCCACAGAGACGCCUGAGGAGGUGGAGGCCCGCCGCCGCUGCUUCCUGCAGGAUCAGCUGGGGCUGGGCGAGGAGGACAGCGAGAUACUGCUCUACCUCAGCAAGCUCAUCACGCAGCAGUACCUACAGCCUGCCACUGGGGGCAGCGCAGCAGCAGCCUGCUUUAGUUUUAAAUACACCACCAGCGUUUUAUACAAAAUCUGACACACAUUUAGACAUCUUUGAACAUUUAAAGAGCAAAGUGUGGCGAUAAUGAAGUUAAAAGGUCAUUUUAGGUUAAAUCUGAACUUUUUUCUUUCUUUUAAAUCUCUGCCUUUCUGUCUUCUUCUCCAGUCUUGUUUUUCCCUUGAUGGGAGGAAAAAUGAGUCGGAGUGAGCUGUGAAUGUCAGUGGAUUACAUGUGUCGACACUCACAAACACACAUAUAAGAGACAAACAGGGGAGCCUUUUUGUCCUUGGAGUUACUUGUGUGUUUUUCUCAUUUAUGGAUAAAUAUGACCUGUUUAUGGACAGGCUCUGCCUCCUCGAAACACACUUCAUCUUCUAAAGCUCAAUCCAACAUGGCCGUCUGUCUGUUUCAAAGUGCUGUCAGAUAAUCGAUUGAAAUCACUGAGCAGUUUUUUAAUAUAAUUUUUAGUUUUGUUUUUCAUAUAUGCUGACAUUUUCUGCCAGUUAGAACAGAGAUUUAGUGAAACCUCAUCAGACUGAUUUUCUGUUACAGCUGAUUUUUUAAUGACAUUUCCCUCUUUAAACUUCUAAAGGCCAAACAUAUGUGAGUUAUCUCCUGUUCUUCUUAACUUGCUCGCACUUUCAGUAUUUUGUUGUUGUUCAUUCCUGCAGUAACAUACGGUGCUUUCAAAAAAGUAUUCAGACCCCCUUCAGUUUUUCAACAAUAUUGUUAUGUUGCAGCCUGAUGCUACAGUUGAAAAAAAUCACUUUUAUUCU